UCGACAGGGCACUCGCGGUUCGCGAUGGCCGUCGGCGGCUGUGUUCUACGUCUGUGAGCUCCGGAACAGGUGGGAUUGUGAACAGUCUGUGCUCGUGAAACCCUGUGAUUACCCGCUCCUGCGACGGCGGUCGCUGAGACCUGCGCGUGGGAUAUCUUGUUGACAGAUCCUCCAGCAGGCGACGCUUGCCGUGUCGACGCAUACGGGAAGGAUCGGCGAAGGGGGCGGUCCCUCCAAACUGAUGAACGAGCCGGAACACUAGUUGAAGCGGUACUGGGAAAAUUGCCGAGUGUUUUGAUAACCGCGUGGGCGGUCGGCGAGGAGGCCCCGGCGGUGUAGCGGGCAGCGGCGACGACGAAGUGGCGGCAGCGCCUUGCAGGACUCCGCAACGGGUCCGAACCACCGACCUCCAUGCGAGGAUAAAACUGUGCAAGACGUGCUGAGAGCAUCUGGCAAGCUGGCUCGGAUAGCAGUUCAGCGCCAAUGUUGAGACACGGGCCUUUCAGCACCGCCUGCUUCAACUGCUUCACGUUGCGUCAGGCCUGUUGUCGCCACCGCGAAGCCGCACCUCGCACGGCAAUGGCCAGGCUCGCGUUAUGACCAACCUGCGUAGCUUUCGUUCGCCUCAGUUACUUUAGUUUCUUUUCUUUCGCUUUCUUUCUUUACAACGUCACUCCUUUUUUCUCCCUCUCUACGAGGAGGGCCUAAAAAAAAGUUAACGGUAACAAAGAAGUUGUGGUUGCGUUUUUUGUUAGCCUAAUUUUAAUCCCCGCUUUCAUCUUUUUUCUGAAGUCGCGCCCUGCCUUCGUUUCCUGUCUGCUGAGCCGCGCUACGGGUUUCGUCGAAGAUGUGGUUCGUCCGGAGGUGCAAUGGACGGGUGCCGUCGUCGUCGUCAUCAUCAUCGCCGUGCGAGUCGUUCGACGAUGCUCCUUAGGACGUUCUCCCCCUCAAGAUCGAAAACGGCACAAAGGAAGAAGAGGACGCGGCAAUCCGUUCACGAGUGACUCCGACGCUAAUCCGGGCGCGCGUAUACUCUGCUGCACGGCUUCGACGCCGCGCCGGUUCCGUUCUUUGUUCACCCGAGGCGCAGCGACGUCGACACUAGAGUUGCGGCGUCGCUGGCGUGAGGCAUCCGCUUACAUCCGCCGUGUCGGCAGAGAAACUCGCUAUCCCCGACCUUCGUGCGUGUGUGUUACGCGCGCGCUGGCCGUGCCAUAUCUUCCGUGCGUGUGUGCGUGCGUUUUGUGUGCGUGAGAGACCGCGAAGCACCCUUCUGCCGGCGCCAUGCUUCGAGUGCGCGUCCUCCGACUGCACACGUGCAAGGUGGUGCUGGUGACGUCGCUGGUGUGGUUCUGUGUGGCCGCGCUGCUGCUCAUGUACUACACCGAGUGCAUAGGCUCCGGCUGCCUGGCCAAGUCGAGCUCGACGGCUGAGCGGCUGCCGUCCGCCAGGUCGCUGCAAGCGCCCCGCGGCGAGUUCCGCAGCUGGAUGCCCGUCGCGCUUGGCGAGAACCCAUCAGAUUGGCCUGGGGAACGUGGCCGUGGUGUUGAGAUUGGCCCUGAAGAAGAGGCACUCAAGAAAGAGAAGUUCAAGCUAAACCAGUUUAACCUCCUGGCCAGCGACCGUAUUGCCCUCAACCGGUCCCUGCCCGACGUGAGACUAGAGAAAUGCAAAGAUAAGGUGUACCCUGAGAAGCUGCCCACCACGUCUGUGGUUAUUGUGUUCCACAACGAGGCUUGGUCCACCCUGCUGCGAACGGUGCACAGUGUCAUAAGGACAUCUCCGCGAGCACUGCUUGAAGAGAUCAUCCUUGUGGAUGAUGCCAGCGAAAGGGAACAUCUGGGAAGGAAGCUUGAAGACUAUGUUGUCAAGCUUGAAGUGCCUGUUAAGGUCAUGCGAACAGGAAAACGUUCAGGCCUCAUUCGUGCCAGGCUCCUGGGAGCGGCUGCAGUUAAAGGCCAAGUCAUCACAUUCCUGGAUGCCCACUGCGAGUGUACGCAUCACUGGCUGGAGCCACUGCUGGCACGCAUUGCUGAGGACAGGACUAGAGUGGUGUGCCCUGUGAUCGACGUGAUAAGUGAUGAGACAUUUGAGUACAUUUCCGCUUCGGACAUGACCUGGGGCGGCUUCAACUGGAAGCUCAACUUCCGCUGGUACCGGGUGCCACAGCGAGAGGUUGAUCGCAGAGGUGGAGACCGUACGCUACCCAUCAGGACACCUACUAUGGCAGGGGGCCUGUUUUCAAUCGACAAGGACUACUUCAACGAACUGGGAAAGUAUGACGAAGGCAUGGACAUCUGGGGAGGCGAAAACCUCGAGCUCUCAUUCAGGAUCUGGAUGUGCGGUGGAGAGCUGGAAAUAGUGCCAUGCUCGCACGUGGGCCAUGUGUUCAGAAAGUCAACACCAUACUCAUUUCCUGGUGGAACUAGUCGUAUUGUCAACCACAACAACGCACGUCUGGCCGAAGUGUGGCUCGAUGAGUGGAAAGACUUUUACUUUGCUAUCAACCCAGCGGCCAAAAAUGUUGACAAAGGAGAUCUUUCAUACCGAAAACAACUUCGUACCAAGCUUAAAUGCAAUACUUUUAGGUGGUACUUGGAGAAUAUUUAUCCCGAAUCACACAUGCCCCUUGAUUACUAUCAUCUUGGUGAGAUCAAGCACGCCGAGUCCUCAGACUGCCUGGACACUUUUGGGCGCAAGAGCGGCGAGAAUUUGGCCGUGAGCAAGUGCCAUGGCAUGGGCGGCAACCAGGUGUUUGCCUACACCAAGCGGCAGCAGAUCAUGUCUGACGACAACUGCCUGGACGCCUCUUCUCCCCGAGGUCCUGUCAAGCUCCUGCGUUGCCACGGCAUGGGUGGCAAUCAGCUCUGGAUCUACAAUAAGGAGGAGCAGUCGUUCAAGCACGUCAACACGGCGCGCUGCCUUGACCAGCCAGAGUCCAAGGAUCCCUCUCUCCCCGUGCUGAGGGAGUGCGAUGGCCGGGCUUCACAGCGGUGGGUCAUGCAGGGGAAGUUCAAGUGGCAGGCCUCCUAGGUGUCAAGCAGUAGGACUUUCUCCCCCGACAUGGCCAGCCGCGAGCAGCAUUCACACAGUACACAAGCAAACUUGCAAGCAAGCAGCCCUUCUCUACGACGGCAGGAGACCACAGCGGAAGCCACACACAGCAACUGCAGGACACGGCUGCUGCUGCUGGCACCAUUUUGCGGACUGGUGCACACGUGCCUUUGCCGAUUUUGCACAAGAAGUGGCUGCCGAACAUGCGUGCUGUGUCUGCUUGCUGUUGUGCGAGCUGCAAUUACGGGCUUGCGCCUGGGAAGCAGUUGCAACAAGAAGAAGAAAAAAAAGACUGAGGACGCAAUGUGGAGAGCCUAGAAGUCUAGCUUGUAUGUCAAGCCUUUCCGUAGCAUACUUUUCUGCGUUCGCUCUGGGAACACAAUAAGAACUGCUGUUGUGCUGUACUUUGUGGACGUGGUUGUUCCAGAGUGUAAAUUAUUGCUGCGCGGCCCUCUCGUUCACUUCACUGCGACCGGUCGCACACCGCUAUUGUCGCCCAUGCAAAUAACGACGUGCUUAGAUGUGGCCCAAACAGCAAUUUCUUUUUUUUUUUUUUUUCAUUGUGUGCAUUGUCGGUUACGUGCAGAGCAACAACUUUUCCAAGUGCAUCCAAAUGUUCUAUAGAUGUCCUGGAAGAGUUCAGGCAUGUGAAUUCCAGCUUGGGUCGUGUCACCUUGUGGAACAGGCAAAGGAACGAAGCUGUAAAACCAGUGCGACGAAGGCGUGCCCUCGCUGCAAGGCUCUGUGCAGCAUCAGCUUCCAUCAAUUCCACUUGGGUUGUGAUGCAACUCUUUCAGCAAAGACUGCCUCUUUUUCUCGGGACGGGUAGCGAUUGUGUGAUUUGUGGUGUGCCUGCUGUUUGCCACAUUCCUUGAGAGACAGCUGUGUGGAACCCCGGAACAGGGAGCGGUGUGCGUUUCACGCAGCAGUGUUCCUAUUUCUUCCAUCUUCCUGUGCUGUUCUAUCACUUUUCGUCAUUCCCUCUUAGUCCAAGCGAGUGUGCUGUAUGCCAAAUGCAUUACAGCAACAGCAGCACUGGAAUGCAAAUGGGCCAAGUUGAUUUUACCUAUGUGGCUGGGGUUGUGUGUGUCUUUACCUUCUUUGUGUUCCCCUGGGAACUGGCUUGAAUGGGAAUGACAUGGUGGUUGCACACCUUCCCAUGAACCGGUGAUAUUCACUCCGAAUGUGAACGAAACGAGGUUGCAACCAAACAUUGUUAGAGAUCAUCAGUGCUGUGCCACUGUCAUGGUCAAGUUGCAUGUGUUACAAUGUAUUGUUACGACAAAUCAUGUCAUUGUUUUUUUUAUUAUUAUCCUUAUUUUUUUCCCCUCAUUGUAGGCUCAAGGGCAGUUUCCUGUUAUCAAGUGCUAAUUUGUUGUUGGAGCUUUUUGUAUGUAAACGGUUGGAAAAUAUCAAGACUUCAUUUUAUUGUCUUCCAUGAUCAGACUGAGGCUUCACCUAAAGCCUCUGCCACCUGCUACUCUAUAUGUCCGUCGUCACAGAGACAAAAUUAUUAUCUUUCUUUGACUGGGUGAAUUGGACAUAGAAGCUUUAGUUCAGAAGUGCUGCAAUAUUUGUGAAAGGGGAGUGUGUCAUGACAGCUCAGUUCCUAAAAGUAAAAUUUCGGCAGUAUGUUUUCACCAGCAGUGUGUCUCGUGUCCCUUCCUCUGGCAUUGCAAUAAAUCGCCUUAUGCUUUAA